UGAUUGGCUGGCUGGAGACGCAGUUUGAUGGCGUCGCUCUGGCAAGCGGCUGCCCAGCAGAGGCCUCUGGGCAAAGGUCUACCUGUGUGAGGGGUUUGCAGCCCGUGCAUAUUGUCUCGGGGAGUAGGGAGCGGAAGCAUGAACCCUCCUUGCACGUCUCCAUGAGUUUCCUGAUCGAUUCCAGCAUCUUGAUUAUUUCCCAGAUACUUUUCUUUGGGUUUGGAUGGCUUUUCUUCAUGCGCCAAUUAUUUAAGGACUAUGAGGUGCGUCAGUAUGUUGUACAAGUGAUCUUCUCUGUGACAUUUGCAUUUUCUUGCACUAUGUUUGAGCUCAUCAUCUUUGAAAUCUUGGGAGUGCUGAAUAGCAGCUCUCGUUAUUUUCACUGGAAGAUGAACUUGUGUGUAAUUCUGCUGAUACUGGUUUUCAUGGUACCAUUUUACAUCGGUUAUUUUAUCGUCAGCAACAUCCGGCUGUUGCAUAAGCAGCGGGUGCUUUUUUCCUGUCUCUUAUGGUUGACCUUCAUGUAUUUGUUCUGGAAAAUAGGAGAUCCAUUUCCCAUUCUCAGCCCCAAACAUGGAAUCCUGUCUAUAGAACAGCUCAUCAGCCGGGUUGGUGUGAUAGGGGUGACUCUCAUGGCUCUGCUUUCUGGAUUUGGUGCUGUCAACUGUCCAUACACUUACAUGUCUUACUUCCUCAGGAACGUGACGGAGACAGAUAUUUUAGCACUAGAACGCCGACUGCUGCAAACUAUAGACAUGAUCAUAAGCAAAAAGAAGAGGAUGGCGAUGGCACGGAGAACUAUGUUCCAGAAAGGGGAGGUGCACAACAAGCCGUCAGGAUUCUGGGGAAUGAUAAAGAGUGUUACCACUUCAGCGCCAGGAAGUGAAAAUCUUACUCUUAUUCAACAAGAAGUGGAUGCUUUGGAAGAACUAAGCAGGCAGCUCUUUCUGGAAACAGCUGAUCUGUAUGCUACCAAGGAAAGAAUAGAAUACUCCAAGACUUUCAAAGGGAAAUACUUUAACUUUCUGGGUUAUUUUUUCUCUAUUUACUGUGUUUGGAAAAUUUUUAUGGCAACCAUCAAUAUUGUCUUUGACCGAGUUGGAAAAACUGAUCCUGUCACAAGAGGCAUUGAGAUCACUGUGAACUAUCUGGGAAUCCAAUUUGAUGUGAAGUUUUGGUCCCAACACAUCUCCUUCAUUCUGGUUGGAAUCAUCAUUGUUACAUCCAUCAGAGGACUGCUGAUCACUCUCACCAAGUUCUUCUAUGCCAUCUCCAGCAGUAAGUCCUCCAAUGUCAUCGUCUUGCUAUUAGCACAGAUAAUGGGCAUGUAUUUUGUCUCCUCUGUACUUCUGAUCCGAAUGAGUAUGCCUCUAGAAUAUCGCACCAUUAUCACUGAAGUUCUUGGAGAACUACAGUUCAACUUCUAUCACCGCUGGUUUGAUGUCAUCUUCCUCGUCAGCGCUCUCUCCAGCAUACUGUUCCUCUAUUUGGCUCACAAACAGGCACCAGAAAAGCACAUGACACCUUGAACUCAUGCCUUUCACAGACUGCUAAAAUCCAGUGGUGUCAAGAAUUUAGCUAAGAAAAGUGGAGGGGACCAGGAUUAUUUAAACAAGAAGAAAAUAACUGUGGUAGCAUAUUUUAUACUCUCCUCCUUUUGAUACAGGGAUGAAUUGCAUCACCUUAAACAGAAAAGCAUUAACUCAAGGCAGUCCUUGGCUCAAAGCAGCCUAUGUAAGUUUGAGGCUGUGUGAGG